AUGCGUUGCUCAUUCACCAUCACCGCUAUGAGCCUCCUAUCAUCGGCUUUGGCAAUCACCAUCACCACUCCGUCCUCAUCCACGGUGUGGGAUUUUUCCACUCCCAAAACCAUCAAAUUCACUAGCAAGUCUAGUGAUCCUUCGGUAAUCAGCAUCAUCCUUCGAAGUCAGGAUGGCUCCUUCCAGACCAAAUUGGGGGACAACGUCAAGACCUCUGAGGGCGAAUACACGACCCAGCCUAACCCUAGCAUUUCCAACGGAAAUGGCUACGAGAUAGAGAUCAUCGAUUCUGCUGGCCAGCUCGCCCUCAGUGACGUUUUCACUGUCGAGAAGGGCGCUUCUGAUGAUGGUACUACAUCCUCCUCUUCAACCACCUCCUUUUCUUCCACCACCACCACCACCACCUCCUCCUCCACUUCCUCUUUCAUAACAUCUACUGCGACCACUUCCACGUCGCCUACCUCUACCCUUCCAUCCUCGAUAUCUUCAACACCCGCGUCGUCGACUAGCACCACCACCACCUCAUCUGCUACAUCUUCAUCCACGACCACGUCUUCCACCUCUUCCGACAGUUCAUCCACCGGUGCCACCGCCACCUCUCCACUCUCGACUGGUGCUGCAUCAUCUCAAUUCAGCGCUCCCAAGGGAGUUAUGGCUUUACUCGGUGCUGCUUUCGCGCUAUUCAACGUACAGUAG